AUUGCAACAAUUCAAGUUCAGCACAGUUCUGCUAUGAUGUUCGAAGUAGAAGGUACAGUAGCGAUUGUAACAGGCGCGCUCGGCGGGAUUGGAAGAGUCCUUGUCAGAUCGUUGCUCGCAAACAAAGCCAAAGGUGUUGCAUUAUUAGAUAUUAGCGAUGCACAGGCUGAGAAAUUUCAGGCUUCUCUGGAAAAGGAAUUCGGUCCUAACAAGACGCUCUUCUUGAAAGUAGAUGUAACAGAUUUCGAAAAAGUCAAAGAUGCAUUUCAAAAGACUGUGGAUCAUUUCGGAAAUCUGGAUAUUGUAGUGAACAACGCCGGAAUUGCUGGCAAUAUCGAGUUGGUCAUCAAAAUAAAUCUGCUGGCGACAAUUCAAAUAUCUAAUUUUGCUUUCUUCGAUUUCCUUCCAAAGCAUAGGCAGGGCAAAGAGGGUGUCAUAAUUAAUAUAGCUUCGGUUGCUGGCCUGUUUCCAUACCAUAUGCUUCCCUAUUAUUCUGCAUCAAAGCACGGAGUGGUAGCAUACACUCAAGCUAUGGGAACGAUGGCUCAUUAUCAGCAUACCCAAGUGAAGAUCAUGGCUAUUUGUCCAGGAGCAACGGAUACCGAAAUUUGGAAAAAUUUGCAGGAAUACUACAGACAAUUUAUUAAUGAUAUGGAAUUGAUCUAUCAAUCUGCUGAAAUCCUGGGCGAUAGUUUGAUCAAGGUUUUGAAAGAGGGAAAUAAUGGUUCUGUUUGGGUUAGCAAGAAUAGUGAACCGGCCUUCGAGUUCGACUACAAAUCAGAAACAAUGCCCAUAUUGUUGAAACAUGUCAAAUAAUAAAACAUUUAUAUAUUUUGUGAUAAAUUGAAAAUACAUUCCAAAAUAAAGA